UGGCGCGCGGUCCCCUCGCUCUCCGCGCGCGCACAGGCAGAAGCAGCACGUCCACGGAAGCGCACAGGACACACGCGUAACUGAUGGAGCAGAUAGACGACGGAGUGCUCAGCAGCUGCGACGGAAUAAAGAGCGAGUGCGAGACCACCAUGAGUCUGGAGGACCCGCGCGCUCUGCCAUGCUGAGCCUCUCCCUCGCGCUCCUGCUGGCUCUGACCGCUGCCGCCCGCUGCGCCCACAGCUGGAGCGACGAGGACCUGCUGCUGCCGCCCAUCAACUCCUCCGGGAGACUCCUGGCCAGCCUUGAGGUGGAUGUGGGCUACUCCAAGAGAUCCGUGGAGGAGCCCGAAGCCUCCUCGCAGUGCAACGUGAGCGUGGAGAGGCUCCCCACCAAACUCGUGGCGCGCUGGGACAGCAACUUCGGCUUCCAGUGCGACGUGCUCAUGUACACCACCAACAGCCACGGCAAGGCGUUCUUCUCCGCCGCCUUCAACCGGGCGAUCUCGCCGGUCUACAUCGAGCACCUGGGCGUCACGGGCGGCCAGCAGGAGUUCAGACUGUGCGUGGGUUGCGGGCUGUCCCGGUACCGGAGAUUCAGACGGGGCAGGUCAGAGGGUCAGCAGACGGGCGACUCGGUGGACUUCUGCUGCGUGGACUUCGCCCUGGACGAGCUGAAGGGGGACCGGAGCUGGAGGCUCAACCGCAAACCCAUCGAGUCCACUCUGGUGGCGUGCUUCAUGACUCUAGUCAUCAUCAUAUGGAGCGUCGCUGCCCUCAUAUGGCCAGUUCCCAUUAUCGCGGGAUUUCUGCCCAAUGGGAUGGAGCAGAGACGGCAGAGGUAAUAGAACAGUACAGGAUCGAGUUCAAAUGAGCUUCUAAUGAAGGAAUCCUACACUAGCUGACCUUUGACCUGCCAAACAUCACACGCUUAUGCGCUUCGUGAACUAUUCUCGUGUUUGAAAUUGCUGUUAUAGCUACAUCUCCUGACGGAUUGAGGUAUUUUAUUAGAUUUCAUUUGUUUUUAUAAACUGAUUUGAACAGAAAUGCAUUAUAUGUGAUAUUCAGAUGUUUGUAAUGUUUUUAUCUUACCAUUUCUAGUGUUUAUUUAAAAAUAGGGAGUAUGUCUCAGGACAAAAAGCUCUUUUGUAAUGUGCGUGAAGACAUUUUGAGGCUAGCUGGUUGGUACACUAACACGAAAACACGCAGGAACAUUCCAGUGUUUCUCAAGUGUUUGAAGAGAGACUUCAUGUGUUUGUAUUCGUUUGUAAAGAUGAAAGAGAUCCGCUCUCUUCCAAAUACAGCUCAGAAGACUUAUUUCAUUUAUUGCUUAGACUCGACGUCACAAAAAUAUGUGCAAAGAAGUGCACGUGCAUAACUUUUUCGGGUAUUAUUAACCCUUCCUCAGUGCCAUGUGCUACCAAGCAACGCCUGCGCUCAUUGAAACAUGUUUUACCGUAAUACUCCUAGUAUCUUUUAAACAGAUACACAUCUCAGAUCUAUAACAAAAUACAGCAUAUACAUUUACAAGUCAUCCCAAAUGAUCCAUAUACAACUAUAUAAACAAAAUAUACAUAUAUACCAAUAAAGGAUCUCAUGACUCCAAAAAUAGUUCUUUUUUUUGGGGAUCUACGCACCUUAUGUUUUUUGCCUACUGGAUUUUCGGACGAGUGUCUGGCGCUACAACCUUUUUUGUGGAUUGUAUUUGUUUGUAUAAAUUAAAAAAACGUGAUUAGACAUUUCGUUAAUGUGGAAAACUCUCAAUAGCUUGAGAGACAAACAUGAGAGGCAAUCCAUUUGUAAAAAGUAAACAAAUUUGUAUAAGGUUUAUACUUUAUAGACUGUCAUAAUUGUUAUUUGUAGUUGGCCUAUCAAUAAAUGCAUCAAAUAUU